GGCUUCCCGGCAUGGCGCUUCCCUCGUUUCAAGUGUACUUCGUUAACCACCUUUCUUUAGAACCCCCCCAUCCGGCAUCUCGCAUCUCACACCUACCUCGCACUCCUCCAUCCCACUGUUAGCUUUCCACUCUGGAUACCGCAUAUUUGUCGCUGCUGAAAGCCAACACCUCUUCCACUUCUUGUCGACUAUAUCGCCUCUCCUUGUACCCUGGUUGCCAUUUUGCCCUUUCGCGGGCUUCUUAUCUUGCCGCCAUCCAUCUCCGCGACUUACACAAUUCCCCAGCUCGCCGCCGCCGCCAGCAUAUCGCACCCACCCAAGUUCUCAUCUCGAGUCUACCGCGCACCCGCAUCUGCUCUUUUUUGCGCUCUGCGUCGGCGUCGCACCGGCCUGGCGAUACUGUGCCUGGACAACUCCAGUCAUUGACAGCGCUCUGCGACUACUUAUAAUAUCCGGACUGCGGCAUAGCCUCACUGUGCGGCUGAGCUAGUCUGCAAGGUGUACUUGGAUACCACAUUCUUACCACCAAUUGAGCACAAUCUCGAGCCUUAUCCCGGCCUCAGACGGCAGUAUACUCCAGGAGGAGCCAUCGUUUCUCGGCGGCCCCAAGCGCUUCAUCAUCCUUCCCACCUGGUCCCUUCUCCGCAUCUCUUCUAAAUCGGCGGUUCGUGCCUGAGCGAUUGUGUUAAAAAAGAUGGACAAUCCCCGAGGGAGAUCUCCCUCGAGAGGCAAUGCGCAGCACAUAAGCCCUCAGCCUUCCCCAAACCAUUACCCCGGCAUUGUACCUGGAGUAGACCCCUCGGUUCAACAAGCCUUGACCACUGGCAAGUUCAAUACCUCCAGCAACGUCUUCAACAAUCCCUUCCUUGCUUCUCAGCAACAGGGCGGACUCCAACCCGAUCCAAACGAGCCCAGUUUCUAUAAUAAUAGCCAAUAUCAUCAGAACAUUUAUUCAGAUCCUCAAUUCGGAGGCCAGGGUCUGGACCAGUCCUUCAGCAGCGGUGGCUUCAUGUACCAGGGCGAAGAUAUGGCCGGUGAUUACAGCCAGACCUAUUCUUUGAACCAACCCUUCGACAUGAACCCUCAGAACAAUGUAAACCCGGCAGAAUUGAGCAAGGUGUCUUCACCCCAGGAUCACCAGUCCCCGAAUCUGCAUCCUCCCGAGAAUCAUUCGUCUCAGCCAGGUUCGCCAGCUUCAACAAAUGGCCAGUACUACACCCCUCAGCAUUCAAGAAAUGCUUCGCUCGACCCCUCCAGUGCCUAUUCCGGCCUGAGUUUCCAACAGCACCGGAGAGCGCCAUCGGAGCAUAGCGAUAUCUCGUCCGCGAACCAUUCCCCCUACCUUGCUCAUACAGAAUUGCACAACCCAGGAGUCGACACUAACCACUCGCCGUAUCUUCCCGCACAACCGGACACGAGCAACGCGUUUGGGAUGGAGAGCUUUAGUUUGGGCGAUCAGGCGCCGUACCGGUCUCCCAGGCUGAUGCCAAGUAUGGAAGCCAAUCAACAGGGUCUUGGACUGGACGGAAGUGGCUUGCGUCUGGGUCAGCCCCUGGGAAUUCCAGUGCCCGACGUAUAUACCACACAGGCGCCCCAAUACCAGCCGCCCGUUGUUCCCAGCAAUCAUUUGCGGAAUACCUCGGUCGUCUCGGACAUUGGUCAAGCUGAUCAGUUCCAACCUCCAACGAUCAACAUUGAACCGGCGCCGGUGUCGAGACAGCAAAGCUUCGGGCCGCAGGGCGAGGCCACUGAAGGUGCUUUGAGUCCUCCUUCGAAUAACAGGGGCCGUAACCGAAGCAAAUCCGAUGUCACAUUCACACGCCCCUUGUCAAGGUCGAGUUCGCCGGGGCUCACUGCGACUAACGCGAACCGCAACAGCCUCUCUGUCCGAUCCAGCACUCCUGAGAGAGGUCAAUCACUCUCUCGGGAAUCAUCCCCUGGACCAGGUGUACAAUCUGGGCGCAUUGACAAGAACCGCCGAGCUAGUACCUCGUCCAUGGGUCAAAGCAGGGAUUAUAUUUUGGAUCUCGCCGAUCCUACCAGGCCAAACGCAUCUCCUUCCGGAUCAAAUACGAGGGUCCAAAAACACCCCGCUACGUUCCAAUGUAAUCUAUGUCCGAAACGGUUUACAAGGGCCUACAAUCUACGAUCGCAUCUACGAACGCAUACCGAUGAACGACCUUUCGUGUGUACAGUCUGUGGAAAGGCGUUUGCAAGACAACAUGAUCGCAAACGCCAUGAAGGCUUACAUAGCGGGGAGAAGAAAUUCGUCUGCAAAGGCGAACUCCACUCAACGCCGGGUCAGCAUUGGGGAUGCGGAAGGCGGUUUGCAAGAGCGGAUGCCCUUGGUCGGCAUUUCCGCAGUGAAGCCGGACGGAUAUGCAUCAAACCCCUUCUGGAGGAAGAGAAGGCAGAGCGGCAGAACAGAGCGAUGAUGGAGCAGCAGCAACAGCAGCAAGCACAUUAUGCUCAGCAAGGCGGGCUGCAACCCGUUCCUCAGCCAAUGAUGAUUGGCAUGGACCCCACGACAGGUGCUGGUGGGUUCGCUUUACCCGCAGCGCUCCUGCAGCAGUAUCCUGCAUUGCAGAACAUAGAUUGGUCGCAAAUUUCGACCGUCGACGAUCAAGGAGACCUCAGCGACGUUGGCGGUAUGGGAAGAUCAGGGUUCGAUGCAUCAAGCGGUGGAGAGUACUAUGAUGAGGACAUAUCAGAUGGCUACGUAAGUGGCAACGGGAUGGAUUUUUCGAACCCUGCGGCGCAGCAGAUGUACAUGGGAAGCUGAGUCUAUGACUUGGAUUGUUUUUGAUGUUGCUUUCUGGUACUUUGCUCUUUUGAUGAUAUCCCUGGUUUGGUCCUUGGUUUCCUUCUUUUUCUUUGGCUGGCCUGAUGGUCAGAAACUGGUUUCGGAUGUUUGAUAGAUUGUUUGUGUCAAUGAUCCUGAUGACAACGGCGGACGGCAAUAAGGAAGAAAGUGCAGGGCUUUGGACAAGCCCCAGAGAUACUACCCCUGUAAUGAUGUCAAUGAAAUGAUGCAGUUGAUGGACUCUUAAA